GUUGGUCUAUCCAAGAAAAAUAUCAUACCUGUAUGGGAUUUGUGUGCAGGUGUGGGAGGGGAAGUUAGUCUGUAACCACAAGGAUAUGGGAGUGAAUAGCAUGUGAGACCCUACAGUCAUACCCUAGUGUUUCAGUAAAAAAGCACUUUAUAUCCCUCAAUCAUGUGGGUCAGGUGUGUUAAUCCAUGAAAGACAAUGCUAAAGUUAGCUGUGAGGUCACAAGCCUUUGUUCUCCAUGUAGAUGCUGUAGGUAAACCAGCAGUCACCUGCCAAGUGAACGGCUCCUCAGUAACCCUGCUGUGCUCUGGGGGCGACAGACCAAGCACUCAGUACAGGUGGGAGGGGCCUGCCAUAGAGCCCCAGCCAGGGUCCCAGCUGAAGAUAGAGGCAGCAGAGAGCUCUGAUGCAAUCUACACCUGUGUGCUGCACAACCCUGUGGGUGAGAGCAGAACAGACUUUCCUGUAAAGAGCUGCUUCCCUGCUCCAGAUGCUGUCGGUAAACCAGCAGUCACCUGCCAAGUGAACGGCUCCUCAGUAACCCUGCUGUGCUCUGGGGGCGACAGACCAAGCACUCAGUACAGGUGGGAGGGGCCUGCCAUAGAGCCCCAGCCAGGGUCCCAGCUGAAGAUAGAGGCAGCAGAGAGCUCUGAUGCAGUCUACACCUGUGUGCUGCACAACCCUGUGGGUGAGAGCAGAACAGACUUUCCUGUAAAGAGCUGCUUCCCUGCUCCAGAUGCUGUAGGUAAACCAGCAGUCACCUGCCAAGUGAACGGCCCCUCAGUAACCCUGCUGUGCUCUGGGGGUGACAGACCAAGCACUCAGUACAGGUGGGAGGGGCCUGCCAUAGAGCCCCAGCCAGGGUCCCAGCUGAAGAUAGAGGCUGCAGAGAGCUCUGAUGCAAUCUACACCUGUGUGCUGCACAACCCUGUGGGUGAGAGCAGAACAGACUUUCCUGUAAAGAGCUGCUUCCCUGCUCCAGGAAGCGCCUCUGUCCUGAUUUCUGUAGUCAUUGUCCUCCUCCUCCUCUUCAUCAUUGUGGGAUUGCUUUUAUUUUACUACAAGAAAUGCUACAAAAAAAGACAAAAUGAAGAGGUCAUGGAAGCUCAAUCUGUAGAGAGACAAAAUGAAAUGGACACUGACGUUCAAUCUGAGGAAAGACAACAGCUAUUAUCAGCAGACCUUGAAAACGCUGAGGACACUCCAGUAAAAGUUCGGGAUAGAAUAAAGCAGUAUGAAACCAUGACGAGCCCAGGUAAGACCCAUGAUGAGCAUCAGAAGACAGCACUGACUGAGCAGCACAAAGGGACUGAUGAGAGUGCUGGAAUUUCACAGGAGGAGAGUCAGAUAGAAUCACUAAAUCAGGGUGAAGAUUCUGAAGAGAGAGGAGUGGAGACUGAGGGGGGGAACUCUAAACACCCCUCCUCUGGCACUGUCCCGUCCAGCACUCCUGAGUCUCCACCUGCUGCUCCACCCAAAACAGGAAGUGCAGAAGAGACAAUCCACCCUCCCGAAUCCAGCCCCUCUCCUCCCCACCCCCCUAAUUCUCCCCCCCAUCCAGCACCAGCUCCAGUACAGAAUCAGGACCAGGAAGUGGAAACAGAAAGAGCAGCAGAAGCAGAAUCUACUGAUGAGACUGCAGCCAAUCAGAGAGCAGGAGCCCAGAGGCAGAGAGAGGAGGGGGAGGGGCAGGAUGGAGGUAGUGAUGGGGGCGGAGCUCAGCCCAGUGGGGCAGGAGGGGGAGGAGCUGAGAACCCAACAGCAGAUCCAGCCCAGGAGCUCCCCAGCAGCCCAGAGGAAGAGGAGGAUAUUCUGAGAUGGGGUCCAGACACCGAUGGGGGGGCAGCCCAGUGUAGUGAGGCAGGAGGGGGAGGGGACGAAAGUGUCCCAAAACCAGAUUCAGAUCAGGAUAUAGACCCCACAUCAGCAGAGGAAAGUGUCCCGUCCACUGAGCCAUUAAGCACAGCUGACCCAGCCCAGGGACUCCCAGACACCACGGCCCGUUCCCCCCCUCACACUGGGGUGAGUGAGGGGUCCUGCUGUGCAGAGGAAAGCCCAACAUCAGGCCCAAAUCUGGAGCCCAACAGCACCUCUGAGGCAGAGGAAGAGAAGAAGAGAGGGAGAGAGGAGAGGAAGGAUUCACAGGACAGAGGGGUGAAGUCCCCCCCAGUAAAGCCCCCAAAACCCCCUGCACCCCCUACAGUUCCUAAAAAACCCCUUAACCCCCUACAACCCCUAAAAAACCCCUAA